AUGGAAGUUCAACUGUACGUGUACGACCUUUCCCAAGGUCUUGCACGGAGCAUGUCGAUGCAAUUUUUGGGUAUUCAGAUCGAUGCUGUAUACCACACGUCCAUCGUACUCGACGGCAUAGAAUACUACUACGGGCAGGGGGUGCAGACAUGUCGCGCGGGAACUACACACCAUGGCCGGCCGAUGGAAGUCAUCACGCUCGGGCAAACUGCACUUCCCAUGGAGGUCAUAUUGGAGUACCUCGAAUCUUUGAAGGAGGUUUACACAGCUGAGUCCUACGAUCUGUUUGCGCACAACUGCAAUAACUUCUCCAACGACUUCGCCAUGUUCCUGGUUGGCAAGGGAAUACCAGACCACAUCACCUCGCUCCCGCAGACCGUCCUCAACACACCGUUUGGACAGAUGCUCAGACCGCAAAUCGACGCUGCUAUGCGACCCAUCACCCAAGCACCGACCCCUCAGCCGGUACAACCACAAGCCCAUUCGAAACCUUCGAGCGCAAACAAAUCUCACGGGGUCUCCUCAGGAGGGAGUGCAUUGGAAAUGAAUACGGGCAGGGUCAACAAUAUAACAGCGCUGAAAGAUGUAGAUCGACUUCUCGACCUCGCCAAAGACCGCUGCGCUAUCAUCUUCUUUACAAGCUCUACAUGCGCGCCAUGUAAGCUGGUAUACCAACCGUACGAUGGUCUCGCUGCCGAAACCGGUACAAAAUGUGUCUUCAUCAAGAUCGACUUCAGCCACGCCGAUCGCUCGAUUAACACACGCUACCCGCACGUUCGCGCAACUCCAACGUUCAUAACAUAUCUCAGAGGCGAGAAGCGAGACGAGUGGAGUGGGGCUGAUCCGAGGCAGCUGCGGAAUAACGUGGAGAUGCUAGUCAACGCUGCAUUCCCGACGCAUCCACAUCUAGAGAAGAGCACUCCCAUGUUGUUGCGGCAAAGUCAAAGACCCGUCAAGUUUACAAAAAUACCCCCACUGGAGAAGCUGGUCGCAAAGAUGGGGGACACUGGGAAAGACUCGGCUGUGUCGUCCAUCGUAUCCUUCCUCAAGACCCGCGAGCAAUCUGGAGCUAUAGAGGCACCAUUGGGUGAUCUCCCGCAGUUUGCUCAAUUCCUGAGGAAGAGCACCUCGGUACUCCCACCAGAGCUUCUCUUCACCGCUUUGGACCUACUUCGGAUAUCAUUGACCGACAUCCGUGUGGCAGGCUUCUUCGCGGAGGAACACAAAGGAGCGACGGGCACGCCUGCUACCAUCCACCAUCUGCUCGACCAUGUCGACAAGCUCGGAGAUUCUGCACCUUACCCGCUCCGACUCACGACGUUACAUCUAGCCUGCAAUCUCUUCAUCUCCCCGCUAUUCAUACCACAUCUUCUCUCCCCGCCCCUCUCGUCAACACUAAUUUCCCUCUUAACAACCGCCCUCCUUGACGAAAAACACCCCGCGCUCAAGGCCUCAGCCCUCAGCCUAGCGAUGAACAUGACAUCUUCAAACCAUCAAAUACGCAUGAAGAAGCACAGCGCUAAUCCGUCGUCGUCGCUGUCCACGGAGACCGAGCUACUCGAAGCGGAACAAGGCGAGCUUCUGGCUUCGCUGCUGGAGACUAUUAGUACGGAAGAGGUGUGGAGCGACAAUUUGAAGAUGAGUGUUGUUUGUGUGGGGUGGCUUGUGUAUGCGGCGGAUUUGCAGGGCGAGUUGAGGGAUACGUGGAGGGUUAUGGAUGCGGCGGGGACUGUGGGGAAGGUUGAGGCGAAGGCGAAGGCGGCAGAGGAUAGGAUGAUGGUUAGGGAGGUUAGAGGAUUGUUGGACGUAUAG